GGGGGUCGCGGGUCGUGGGCGGCGGAUGGCGAGCCCGGGAUGUGGCCGUGCCCGGAGCCGACGUCUGCGGGUCCGUGCGGCUGACCCAGUCCCAAGAAAAACUGGACUUCUCCAGCAUCAAAUACAGGCUUUUCUUUCAAGAUCAACAUAAAAUGAUGAAGUCCUCUGUACACGCAGAAGAAGAUGACUUUGUGCCAGAGCUUCAGAGGAGCAUUCAUCCCCGUGAGAGACCAGAUUGGGAAGAGACCCUCAGUGCAAUGGCAAGAGGCGCAGAUAUCCCAGAUAUUACAGGGGAGCUGCCACUUCGGACAUGUGGCAGCACAGCCAGCAUGAAAGUGAAGAAUGUGAAAAAAUACACCCACCCAGGACUGAUGGGCUGUGAUGCCUUUCACAGGUUAUCUUUUACCAAGGGCCACUUCCCGAAGAUGGCUGAGUGCGCACACUUCCAUUAUGAGAAUGUGGACUUUGGCAACAUACAGCUCUCACUCCCAGAGGAACAGAAUGAAGUAACAAGAAACGGCUGCGAAUCCAAGGAACUAGUCUACCUUGUGCAAAUCUCGUGUCAGGGCAGAAGCUGGAUUGUAAAGCGGAGUUAUGAAGAUUUCAGAGUACUCGACAAACAUCUCCACCUGUGUAUUUAUGACCGGCGCUUCUCCCAGCUCUCAGAGCUACCCCGCUCCGAUGCCCUGAAGGACAGUCCAGAGCUGGUCACCCAGAUGCUGAUGGCUUAUCUGUCACGGCUCUCGGCCAUUGCAGGCAACAAGAUCAACUGUGGGCCUGCUCUCACAUGGAUGGAGAUUGAUAACAAGGGGAAUCAUCUCCUAGUCCAUGAAGAAUCAUCCAUUAACGUUCCUGCCAUUGCUGCUGCCCAUGUUAUUAAGAGAUACAUUGCUCAAGCAGCAGAUGAACUGUCCUUUGAGGUGGGAGACAUUGUGUCUGUUAUCGACAUGCCUCCAAAGGAGUUGACCACGUGGUGGAGAGGCAAACAUGGAUUUCAG